CAAACACAUUCUGCAAAGAAAAGCUAAGGACACAUGGUGUCAGCCCCUAAAUUUGCAUAAUCAGUACCCUGGAUAAGACCAUAAAAGGCGAACAGGGAUGGUUGAAUCUUUCACCAAACAGCAACUGUUUCUAGAGGAAAGAACAAGUUUUCACCCUUGUGAUCUCUGUAAGAAAAUUUACCAGAACACAUUCUUCAGAUCUUAUGUAUAUGCUGGGCUAAAGACCAUAACAUAUUCAGGAAAAGUCUCCUGCUUCUCAUUUCUUCCUGGGGUCACCUUGCUGUGGACACAGCUUUCCAGCUGAGGUACCUACCAAGAUGCUCCAACUGCAGGGCCCACAGAUGCUGCGGAAGCUGGAGAAAUACUUAAGGAAGCACCUCCCUGAGUCCUUAAAGGUUUAUGGGACUGUCUUUCACAUGAACCAGGAAAACCCAUUCAAGCUGAAAGCCUUAGUAGACUCAUGGCCUGAUUUUAAUACUGUAGUUAUUCGCCCUCAGGAGCAAGAAAUGAUAGAUGACCUUGAUCACUACACCAACACUUACUUAAUCUACUUCAAGAAUCCUACAAAAUGUCACGAAUUCCUUGGCUCCCCAGAAGUCAUCAACUGGAAGCAACACUUGCAGAUUCAAAGUUCACAACCCAGCCUGGAUAAAGUAGUAGAAAAUCUUGUAGGCAUUAACAUGGGCAAGGUCAAGCAUACACAGUGCAUUCUCUACACGGAAUUUGACACAGCAAAAAAAAUGUCUCCUUUCCUAAUGGAUACAAAGAACUUACCACCCAACAGUGGUGAACCUCCAUCCAUCAACCAAGAGAUGUUCAAACUCUCAUCCCUGGAUGUUACCCACGCUGCUCUGGUGAACCAGUUCUGGCACUUUGGUGGCACUGAGAGAAGCCAGAGAUUCAUCGAGCGCUGUAUCCGCACUUUCCCCAGCUUCUGUCUGCUGGGGCCUAAGGGGACACCGGUGUCCUGGAGCCUGAUGGACCACACCGGAGAGAUGCGAAUGGCGGGCACCGUGCCUGAGUACUGGGGCCAGGGUCUCAUUUAUCAUGUUAUCUAUUGUCAGGUCCAGGCUCUGAAAAGACUUGGCUUCCCCCUGCACGCCCACGUGGAUAGGGCCAACCACACCAUACAAAGACUGAACAGCAAGAUGCAUAAUGUCAGAAUGCCUGGCAAGUGGAACCAGUGGAACUGUGUUCCUGUGUAAAACUAGCCCUGAACAUAUGACUUUGAGGAAUGGGCUGUGCAUUUGCUUGGAGUAGUGGGCAAGGAAACACAGAGAAAGAAAACACUGUAAUAUGGAGCGGACUCUAAUGGUGCACAUCUCAGCCUGAGUUCUUGCCGUCCAAUAGCUCAUGCAUAUCCUUCAUUUCCUGAGUGGGAAGUGGGCCAGAUGCUCCUACUCCCUGGCUGGUUCAGCUCCCACAUUCCCAGGUUGCUUGCAUUGUGCUUUAAUCACUGCCUACUUUUUACUGUGCUCUUUUCCCUUUCUGACUCUUGGCCCUUUUCCAGGAUGUGAGUUUUAUGAUUUUUUCCC